CUUUCUGCACGUUCCAAAUUGCAAUAACAAAGUAAAAGUAAUACAGACAUUUUAAACCUGACAAGACAAGUGAAAGGUUAUUCGUCACAGUGGCGUGGAUACAGUAUUGUCUAAUUAUUCAAGGCAUGGCUAUGAAUUCCCGAUUGUUGUUGCUGGUAGUUGUGUGGCAAUGUGUGAAAUCCCAGAAUAUGUCGGAAUACACAACAAGCCAUCAUGGUAAUAAUACGAUAAAAUGGACAGCUACAACCUCUCUUCAAAACAACAAUAGUUCACCAGCGGUUCACGAUUUACAUGAUUUGUCCGUAGUUGGAAAAGUCUGUAUAUCUGUCUUUGGUGGAUGCGUUUCAUCAGCUACAAUAUCUGGAAAUGUCCUUAUCAUAGUAGCAUUUGCACAAGAGAGAAAGCUGCAAAUUCUUAACAAUUACUUGCUAGUAAGCCUAGCCGUUGCGGACGCCACUGUUGGUGCUUUUUCAAUGCCUUUCAUCAUUAUGAUUUUUGUUCAGGGAUACUGGAAUCUUGGACGACACAUUUGCGAUAUAUUUCUUUUGGUUGACUACAUGGUAAAUGCAUCUUCAAUUGCACAUAUUUUCCUUAUCUGUGUCGACAGAUACCUAGCAUUUGCUUUACCGUUCAGAUAUAGACAAAUCCGAAACAAGCGACUUCUACUUUUGAUGAUAGCUGGAGCAUGGGUAUUUUCGUUACUUUUUUCAGUACCAUGGGUAUAUGUGUGGCCAUAUACUCAAAAUGUACGACAAAGGUCAGACACUGAAUGUCAUCUUGUGGUUUUCGAAAACAAAUAUAUUGCGGUGUUUUCAAAUUCAGUGGUUGUAUUUAUUCCUGCGAUUGUUAUGGUGGUUCUUUAUUACAAAAUAUUGAAGAUAGCCAGAAAGUCUGCCCGAUUUAAAAAGUGUUUAAAGCAGAGAACGGAUGAAAGAGAAUCUAGUCAAUCAAGUCUUAAAAAUAACGCCAACAACACAUCUAGCAAUGGUUGUUGUUCAGGGUUACAUACCCUGAUUGACAGAAGUAAAAGCCAGAAAGAAUCUGGUAAUGAAACAAUAGAAGUAACUGAACCCGAGCUACAUAUAGGCAAUGAAGACGAAAUUAAAAAAGAAGACGAUUUGGCGGUCAGACAGGCUACUAGAAUUCAGAGACACCGAGAUAACCGUAUUUUAAAGAUAUUGGGUGCCGUUCUUAUCACGUUUAUUAUCACAUGGAUGCCGUUCAAUAGUGCAACCACAUUACAUCCUUUUUGUGAAAACUGCAUCCCACCUGCGAUAUGGCUCUUUCUCUCGUUGUUUUUUAAGUUAAACUCAUCCGUCAAUCCCUACUACUACGCUCUCUGCAACUCGGACUUCAGAAAGGCGUUCAAGAGGAUACUUUGCUGUAAACUGCGCUAUUGUUGAUCUUUGCAGCUGACUAUGCUGUAUACAGCACUAACCUUUGAUCUUGCAACUCCAUAUCUUAACAUCACCGAUAGCAGCCGUGAAAAGACACCUUAAGUGCAGGACACGUUAAGAUGACCAACGAUAUUGUAUUCAAUUCAAGUUGAGCAUAUGGAUGUUGUCUAUGUGCCAAAAUACAUAAUCAUCUUAUUGCAGAAUUUUGUGGAGUGCUAUGUGCUGGACUCUUCAGUUUCCACUGUUUUAUAUAUUAAUUUUCGAUACACGCACAAAAUACCUGGAGUAUACGUACAUGUACAUAUUUCGAGUAUUUUGAGAGAAAUGUCAAGAGUCAAGAAUGUAACUUUAUGUUUUUUGAAUAAUAUGUAUAUAUUAGAACGUUUAAUAAUUUGUAUGUUAAGAAAAAGUUUUAGACACAUAAAGGAAAUCCAUCUAUAGAUAUAUGCCAUAUUGUCAGAAUAUUUUGAAUAAGUUUGUUAAAGAUUUUGUAUCACAAGAUCCAAAUGUAGUUUACUCAAGAGUAUGUUCAUUUUAAGAUAAAACAUGAUUAAGCAUGUUACACGCACAAAAUACCUGGAGUAUACGUACAUGUACAUAUUUCGAGUAUUUUGAGAGAAAUGGCAAGAGUCAAGAAUGUAACUUUAUGUUUUUGAAUAAUAUGUAUAUAUUAGAACGUUUAAUAAUUUGUAUGUUAAGAAAAAGUUUUAGACCCAUAAAGGAAAUCCAUCUAUAGAUAUAUGCCAUAUUGUCAGAAUAUUUUGAAUAAGUUUGUUAAAGAUUUUGUAUCACAAGAUCCAAAUGUAGUUUACUCAAGAGUAUGUUCAUUUUAAGAUAAAACAUGAUUAAGCAUGUUUAAUCAUUUAUUUAUUUUUUAAGUGUGGAAAUUGCAGUAUUUCCAACGAAGGACUAUUUAAGAAAUAUUACACAACACUGAGGGUCAUAUGACAUUAUAAGGACCGGCCAGUCAGCCACCAAAGGUGUAUAUGGACCGAGGCGUUAGGGGGCUGACCGACCGGUCCUUAUAAUGCCAUAUGACCCGAAGUGGUGUGUUAUAUUUCUUAUAUUAUACCGAACACUUUUCAUUACAGGACAAAAAUUUUAAAGCGAUUUAAAUGUGUUUUAUUUAACAAUCUGAUAAUGUUUACUUCCGACAAAUUUUCGCCGUUGUGAAAAUAGCAAGCCGCACUAUCCAAUCGAUCGCUGACGUCAUAAAACUGGAUUUUCAUCAAAAUACAGUGAUAUACGGACCGAUCGAGAUUAUAUACAUAAAGAAGGGACAAAUUGAAUUGAGGUAUAAUAUAUAUAUGAUGUUUGAUCCCUUCAUUGUAUAUACUAUGUAGUGUACCGAUAUUGGUAUCAUAUAGUUUCGUUUGCUUGUAAGUAAUUAAGGAAUGGCCACAUGUGUUAUUUGUUAAACAUGAUAUUGUUUUAUUUUAUUUGUAAACAUAUAUUUUAAUCUGAUAAACUUGCAAAUUUG